AUGCAGGUCCCCAGCCCCAGCGUGCGCGAGGCGGCCUCCAUGUACGGCACCGCGGUGGCCGUCUUCCUCGUCAUCCUAGUGGCCGCGCUGCAGGGCUCGGCCCCCGCCGAGAGCCCCUUUCCCUUCCACAUCCCCCUGGACCCCGAGGGGACCCUGGAGCUGUCCUGGAAUGUCAGCUAUGCGCAGGAGACCGUCUACUUCCAGCUCCUGGUGCGGGAGCUCAAGGCUGGCAUCCUGUUCGGGAUGUCGGACCGGGGGGAGCUGGAGAACGCCGACCUGGUGGUGCUCUGGACUGAUGGGGACAGCGCCUACUUCGGGGACGCCUGGAGUGACCAGGAGGGGCAGGUCCGCCUGGACCCCCAGCAGGACUACCAGCUUCUGCGGGCACAGAGGACCCCAGGAGGCCUGUACCUCCUCUUCAAGAGACCCUUUGCCACCUGCGACCCCAACGACUACCUCAUCGAGGACGGCACCGUCCACCUGGUCUACGGGCUCCUGGAGAAGCCGCUCCGGUCGCUGGAGGCCAUCAACACCUCUGGCUUGCACACGGGGCUGCAGAGGGUGCAGCUGCUGAAGCCCAACAUUUCGCAGCCGGCCCUGCCCGCGGACACGCGCACCAUGGAGAUCCGCGCCCCCGACGUCCUCAUCCCCGGCCAGGAGACCACUUACUGGUGCUACAUCAGCGAGCUCCCGGCCGGCUUCCCCCGGCACCACAUCGUCAUGUACGAGCCCAUCAUCACCGGGGGCAACGAGGCGCUCGUGCACCACAUGGAGGUCUUCCAGUGCGCCGCUGAGUUCGAGAGCGUGCCCCACUUCAGCGGGCCCUGCGACUCCAAGAUGAAGCCGGAGCGGCUCAACUACUGCCGCCACGUGCUGGCCGCCUGGGCCCUGGGCGCCAAGGUGCGUGCCCCUCCCGGCGUCUCCCCAGGGGGACUCCUCGCCAGCGUGUUCCAGAAAACACAGGUGGGCCUCCGCUCACCUCCGUCCCUCCCCCCAGGCCGGCGCGACUCCUCGGGCAUCCGCCUGUACUACACGGCCACGCUGCGGCGCUUUGAUGCGGGCAUCAUGGAGCUGGGCCUGGUGUACACGCCCGUGAUGGCCAUCCCCCCGCAGGAGACGGCCUUCGUCCUCACCGGCUACUGCACGGACAAGUGCACCCAGCUGGCCCUGCCCGCCUCGGGGAUCCAUAUCUUCGCCUCUCAGCUCCACACGCACCUGACGGGCCGGAAGGUGGUCACGGUGCUGGCCAGGGACGGCCGGGAGAGGGAGAUCGUGAACAGGGACAACCACUACAGCCCACACUUCCAGGAGAUCCGCAUGUUGAAGAAGGUGGUGUCUGUCCACCCGGGAGACGUGCUCAUCACCUCUUGCACGUACAACACGGAAGACAGGAGGCUGGCCACCGUGGGGGGCUUUGGGAUCCUGGAGGAGAUGUGCGUCAACUACGUGCACUACUACCCUCAGACGCGGCUGGAGCUCUGCAAGAGCGCCGUGGACCCCGGAUUCCUGCAGAAGUACUUCCACCUUGUGAACAGGUUCAACAGCGAGGAAGUCUGCACCUGCCCCCAGGCCUCUGUCCCUGAGCAGUUUGCCUCCGUGCCCUGGAACUCCUUCAACCGCGAGGUGCUCAAGGCCCUGUAUGGAUUCGCGCCCAUCUCCAUGCACUGCAACAAGUCCUCAGCCGUCCGCUUCCAGGGAGAGUGGGAUCGGCAGCCCCUGCCCGAGGUCGAGUCCAGGCUGGAAGAGCCCACCCCUCACUGCCCGGCCAGCCGGGCUCAGCGCCCCACUGGCCCCACUGUGCUCAGCAUCGGGGGGGGCCAAGGUUGA